AUGGAAUCUGUCAUUGAUAUUCCCGUAUUUAAAGUUGCAUUAAUAGGCAGGCAUUCGUCUGGGAAGACCUCAAUAAUUACUUCGUAUCAUCGAGGAGAGUUUUUAGAUCGUACAGAACCUACAAUUGGCGCAAACUUUGUUUCUCAUUUAGUAAACUUCAACGACAAAAAAGCAGAACUUCAACUUUGGGAUACUGCAGGUCAAGAUAAAUAUCGUUCAAUUUGUCCUUUAUUCUAUCGAGAUGCUUUAUGUUGCAUAGUUGUUUAUGAUUGCACAGUACAAGCUAGUUUUGAUUCUUUAGAUGAUUAUAUAAAUGAUUACCAUGAAUAUGCAAUAAGCCCUGGUCUAAUUUAUAUUGCUGCAAAUAAAUCUGAUUUAGCCGAAAACGAUACCCUAAUUGAAAAUGGAAGAGAGUAUGCACUUAAAAAUAAUUACCCUUUCUUUGUUACUUCAGCAAAAACAAAAGAAGGAAUCAAGGAACUCUUUGAAGACAUUGCAGAGCAAUUGUUUUUAAGGAACGAUGAAGUAGAAAGGAAAGAAAGAAGACCAAAGGCUAGUUCGAAGAAUUGUUGUUAG